AUGCCUUCAUACGCCGACAACAUUUCUGCUAGUUACGUCGGAUUGUCCACUGUUGAGGAUCUAUCCUACACCCCUUCUGCCGAUGAGCAGUCCCGAGACGUUGCACAGAUCGCUGCGACUGGUCGCAGGAGCUGGAAGACGUUGAAGGGAAAGGGAGAGGCAGUAUGGCCCCCCAAUCUGUACGUAACAUAUAUUGCUGAUCAAGUCAACGCCCUGACAGUGUACAACAGGGAGGCCGCAUUGAUUGAAGCCCUCCAGAAAUACAAACCAAGCCCCGAACUUCGCUCUUCCAAAUCCCCCGGUCGUUUCCCCAUGCGCAACCGUUUCAUUUCCGACUAUAUCUUUGAUUCCACUGGUAAACGGCGGACGCCCAAGCAGGUGGGAAGUCGGCUACAACAAAUGAGGGACACAUGCAAAGGCGAAGAAAUUCUCAACCUUAUAUGCCGCCCAUUCGAUAACGAUGUGGAUUUGGGGACCGGUUCCUCAAAUGGAAGUCCCGUUCACACCACUUCGCCACUGCCAGACCUUAGAGGCCAGCAACCUCCCAGCCAGCGACUGAACAUCUGGGUAGACAUAAUUCUCGAGCAACCGUAUCCUAGACAACAACCUCUGGUCAACUUUGUCGGAAAUCGCAGGGACUCACCUCUUCACAUUCGGCUCGCGCCCUUAGCUUCCGCCUCUUCCUAUCACGCAUCCCUACCUCUUUCCGGAUCAGAUCCCACCAUAAACUUCAUGUCGCCGUACCCGGUCAAUCAACAGUGCACUUUCUCUGCCUUUGUUGAUACAUUGAGUCUCCCGAUACACUCGGAAGUCGCGCCGAUGACCUGUCUAGGUUCUCCCAUGGAUCGCACAGGCUGGUUAUACAGUGCCUCUCUCUCUCCCAAGUUCUGGAAGGUCAUUUUCAAUGACUCAAACCCAACGCAAUACACCAUUGUUCAGAACAUCUUCGCUCAAGGCUAUCCGGGGCAGUUCAAUGGACCACUUCAAAAUGACAAUGCGAUGAUUUCCAUCUUCUAUCAGUUCAGGCGUCCAACUUCUCAUGCUUAUCAUACGUAUAGCGACUCAUACGUGCGCUUUUAUCUCCCUAUCUUUUGA